AAAGCCACCACCAUUUUGUAAGGGAUUUUAGCUUCUAAAACUGACGGGGAAAAUCUCUUUUAAAUGGACAUCACCUAACUAACAGGCGGGGAGGCGAGAUGAGGAGAGAACGGCUUGGGAAACGCGGGGACGCCCCUCCCCUCUGACUCCGUCCCCAGCUCCAGAGACGGUCACUUUCUCUUUAAAUGCAAAUUACCUCCCGCCUACUCCGCUUCCACCCGGUGGAGUUCCCGAGAGGAGAGGGCGGAGGGCGGAGGGCCCUUGCACCGAAGCUUCGCUCGAGACCCCAAAGCUCCAGGCCUGAGACCCAGCCAGCACCCAUGGAUGACAAGAAGAAGAAACGGAGUCCCAAGCCCUGUCUCAGCCAGCCAGCCCAGGCCCCAGGCACACUACGCAGGGUCCCCGUGCCCACCAGCCACAGUGGCUCUUUGGCCCUGGGACUUCCUCAUCUGCCAUCCCCCAAGCAGCGGGCUAAGUUCAAGAGAGUAGGCAAAGAGAAGUGCCGCCCAGUGCUGGCUGGAGGUGCGGGUGGCUCUGCUGGCACACCCCUGCAGCACUCCUUCCUGACCGAGGUGACCGAUGUCUAUGAGAUGGAGGGGGGACUGCUGAACCUGCUCAAUGAUUUUCACUCAGGCCGGCUGCAGGCCUUUGGGAAGGAAUGCUCCUUCGAGCAGUUGGAGCAUGUGCGUGAGAUGCAGGAGAAGCUGGCCCGGCUGCACUUCAGCCUGGACGUGUGUGGGGAGGAGGACGAUGAUGAAGAGGAAGAGGACGGGGUCACUGAGGGGCUGCCUGAGGAGCAGAAGAAGACGAUGGCUGACCGCAACCUGGACCAGCUGCUUAGCAAUCUGGAAGAUCUUAGUAAUUCUAUACAGAAGCUGCACCUGGCCGAGAACGCCGAGCCCGAGGAGCAGUCGGCUGCAUAGGUGUCGGACCCAGGCCCAGGCUGCCCCUCAUUCCUUUCAAACUGUGACUUUUUACGGACUCGGGAGGGUAUUCCGCGGCCCCCCAGGUGCUAUGGUGGAGGGGGGCACUGGAUGGAAUUAAACCAGAAAGCAAGAAA